CCCAAGAGAGCCGUUAGCCGCCUCGCCCCCAAACCAGCAGCAGCAACCGCAAACUUUUUUCUCAUGGAAGAAGAUCCUUCCAGAGAAGGAGGGAAGGAAGGAGAGACCAAGUACCGAGGAGUCCGGCGCCGGCCAUGGGGGAAGUACGCGGCGGAGAUCCGCGACUCCACCCGGCACGGCGCCCGCAUCUGGCUCGGCACCUUCAACACCGCCGAGGAGGCCGCCCGGGCCUACGACCGGGCGGCGUACGCGAUGAGAGGUGCACUCGCCAUCCUCAAUUUCCCUGAUGAAUUCCAUUCUCGGAGCAGGAGCAGCAGCAGCAGCUCGGCGUCCACGAGCUGGGGCGGGGCCAGCAGGGAGCAGAGGAACCAAGUGAUCGAGUUCGAGUACUUGGAUGACAAGGUGUUGGAGGACAUGCUGGGGCAUGGGGAGGAGAAAGGUGGCAAGAAGAAAUAAAAGGCUAUCCUCGUGAUCGAAGCUCAUCGAUCUGCUUCUCUAAGUGAAUAAUUUUGUUUGGUUUUCAGUGCACUACACCUCCUUAUAUAUGAAUGUGUCUCCCUUUCCCUAAUAGCUCUUGCCAUGCUUUCAUAAAACCAAUACAAGUCGUAUUCUCCCCACAAGAGGUUGUAUGAUAUAAAUUAUCAGUGUAAGUAAUUCUGGUGCAUAGAUGAAUGCUGUUGGGCUUGCUGCUCCAGUUAUUACCUUAAAGUUUGUGUGUGUCUCUCUCUAUAUAAAUAUAUAUAUGUGUGUGUGUCGGUGAGAUAGGGAGAGAGGGAGAGAGAGAGUUUCUUGUGAUCGAUGAGUGAGAUGGUGGGUGAUGGGAUAAUUAAAGCUAUGAUGCUUUUU